AACUUUAGGCAGCUCUUCACGGGCUUGGUUGAAGCUGCCUUUAAUGAUUAAGUCUAGCUCUCAGCAGUAGUAGUACUAGGCCUAAAGAGUGAUGAAAAUGUAGAAAAAUUGGACAAGUAUAUAUAUCCAUUGAUGAAGGUGUAGGUGUAGGAGUUUCUUCAGGGAAUAAUCUGUGUCUUCAAAUCCAGAAUGAACCAGCAGUCAUGAUCAUCGCCACCACAGAAUCUGAGAAUCUUACUCCAUGUUCAUCUGGUCAUUAUUAUCAUCACUAGACUAGAGUGAGCUAGCAAAGAGAAAGAAGAUCUGAGAUGGGUUGCAUUGCAAGCAAGAGCAACUGUGACUCGUGUGAGAUCGAUCUGGAGGAUUUCAGAGAGAAGAUAACACUGCUUCAGGAGGAGAUCGACGAGGCAAGGUGCAAGAGAGAUAAGGAGAGCAGGACGUACCAGCAGCAAGGGAAGGUGUUCUUGUUCAGGGAAGCGGAGUGGAAGCGGGAGAGGAGGAAGCUGAGAGAGGAGGUGAAGAGGUUGAGAAAGAAGCUGGAGGAGAAGGAAAUGAUAAUUCGAGGGAUGAAAGAUGAGAUGGUAGUUGGGAGAAGCGACAAAGAGUGGGAAAUGCUGGGAACCAGUAUUUUGGUCGAGCACAUGAUGGAGGAACAGGCUCGCCGUGACGAGGCCAUCGAAAAAUGGAAGAGUCUCUACUUAGCUAUCAAGACUGAACUUGAUGACCUCAUUCACAGGACAUAUCAAGGAGAGAGUUUGUGCUCAGGAGCAGAGGCAAACAUGAUGGAAGAGCUGAAGAGGGAAUUGAAAGCCAAGGAAGAAGUAGUCGAAGUCUUAAAGGCUCAAGUGGCUGCAAUGGAGGAGGAGAGAAUCAAGAAGGAAAGGGAAGUUGACAUACUAAGGCAGAGCCUAAGAAUCAUGAGCAACACCAAAAAGCUGAGCAGCAACGCAAAGAAGGCCAUCCAUAUGACAUCCCGUCUCCCUCAAAGCUUGCACUUGUAACAUAAAUGGAUGAAUGCAUCAUCAUAAUAUAUAUUUAAUUCCAUGUGUCUAGCAAAACCAAGAGCAGUUUUGAAUUGAGAAGAUUUCAAACAUAAAAGGAAUGCAUAUGGUGAAUCAAGAAAGAUAAAUAGCAUACUGAGGUAUAAUUUGAUAAAAUUUUAACUCAGUAAACCAAAUUCUAAGCUUCACAUGAAUCUCUAUUGCCUUCUCUACAGA